AUGUUAAGGAAAGAGAUAUCGCAGCUGCAGAAAAAAGAAGUUGAGAUAAAGAAGGUUGCAGCUAGAGAACGUGCUGCAUUAGGCUAUAUCAGUGGUAAUGGAAAUGAAAAAAGCAAUUUGGACAGUCUGGUCAAGGCCAUAGCUAGAGUAUCUGUUACUAGUCAACCUGAAGAUACAAAGGUCAACAAGGCCAAACAGAGGCGAGACAAAAAAGCUCAACAAGAAGCAGAAAGGGAGCAGAGAAUCCAAGCAGAGCAGAGUGACAUUAUAAGCGAUCGUGUGAUUAAGAAUGAGAAAUUGGAAAACAAGUUUCAAGCCUCUUGGCUUGACUGUUUGUGA